AUGAUUGGACUCCAACACACUUUCACAAUGGACCGAGACUGCUUUUCGUACCUCCCUCACGAGCUUCACUUGACCAUCUAUCAGCAUCUCCUGGACAUCACCAGGAUCGACCGUGAAGACCGCACAUCAACACUUUUAGCCCUUGCACAAACUUCUCGUCACAUCCGCGCCACUUACGAGCCCAUCCUCUUCCGACAAGAUGGCAAUCCGGACAGGGCCAUGCGAUGGGGUGCUUACCACGGCUUGAUCCCCUUGAUGGAAAAAGCUCUAACACAUGGAGCAUCCGUGAAGGCCGAAGGCCCUCACCCAUUAGGCCCAGAGUACACCUUUCCAACAAAGACUGGCAUCUUUACGGGGCCGGCCAAGGGCAGCCCUCUUCACUUCGCCGCGAUGAAUGGACAAAAUGAUGCUGUCGACUGGCUUCUUGACCACGGAGCUUCUUUGCAUGAGCCCUCCAAGAACCUCUGCAAGUGUGUGGACCCACAAAUCCCACAGGGCUUCUUGACAGAUCUUGGACGCAUUUCCCAGAAUCACGGCAGCCUCAACCACGAUGCCCUCAGCUUGGCGCUGUGUCAUCAUCAUUCCUCCACGGCUCAACUUCUCAUUGACCGAGGGGCAGUAGAAGGAAAUGCUGAACCCGUCGCUCUUCACACAGCAGCAGCCACGGGCCAACACAACCUAUUUUUCGAGAUUCUGCGGCAUGUAGGGCGACAUGCUUCCUUGGAUACUCCUAUCGAGUCCCGAUUCACAUCGCUCCAUUAUGCAGCUUGCUCUCCUGUUGCCUCUCCUGCGUUCAUACAGAACAUGCUUAAGGCCGGAGCCCACGUCAUUGAGUCUGCUCCUCGCACUGAUUUGCCUGUUUUUUACGCCGCUCUCAAUGGCUCAUGGGCGGUUGCCACUAUGUUCCUCGACAUGGACCUUGAGAUGACCGAGUCCCAAGCACAGGUCUACCGCGCAGCGGGCAUCACUCUCGAAGGGGCCCUCGUCCACGCCGCUGUUUUUGCUCCAGAACCGCCAAACGACUCGCCGACGAGCAGCGAAUGGUUUGACGGGCGGAAGCAGUUCCUUGCACGACUAGCGCGUCAAGACCCCAACUGCGUCAACUCCGUCUACAGAAACCCACAUUGGUACACCAACGAUACACCGCUCAAGCGGGCCGCGGCCAAGGGCCACCUCGAACUCGUUCGCAUCCUCCUGGACUUGGGUGCCGAUCCAAACGUUACAGCCGGCGCGUGCUCCGAAACCGUUCUGCAUGCUCUCACUCGAUGCAACCUCCCUGUCUAUCCUGAUGAUAACCCUUCUCGCUUGAGUCACCCUAGUUUCGACUUCUAUACUUGCCAAAUCGAGAAUAUCGCUUCCCCGAUCGAGAAGCGCUUGGCCGCCAGCACUCCCAUCAUCAUUGCCCUGCUGGAACAUGGUGCGUCAGUCGAUGGAGUCAAAGACAGAGACGGCAAGACUCCGUUGGAUUUGGUGGUUCGCUACCAGGUGGCUGAGAGGGCAGACACGGCCAAGAAGUACAUCGUUCUCUUUGAGGCGGUGAAGUUGUUGAGAGUCCUGCUGAAGCACGCGAAUCCAGGGUGUUUGCAGGAAGAGCAGCGGCGGAGGGCCAAGACCACCGUGAAGAGGAUGGAGCUGGAGCUGGAGGGGUGGUGGUGUUUCACUCCUAGGGCGAGGGGGAUCGGCGGGUUUGGACAUAUUCCUAGUUUCACGUCUGGAUAUUAA